AUGAACUUCCUAGAUCUCAACGAUGAUGUCCUUGACGCCAUCGUGUCCUACCUUUCAGCCGAGGACGCCCUCUAUCUGUCGAGCACUUGUCGAAGAGUGCAUGAUAUAGGCGCUCGCAAAGCACUCGCCCGCGUGUCUAUACUCAACAACAACGGGAGGUUCAUGUCAUUUGGUGCAUGCGUGCUCUCCAAGAUCUCGGACCGCUCGACAUAUUUGCGCGAGCUUCACGUGUCUCUAAUCGACACUUCGAGAGAAGGCGAAUUUGACAGUGCAUCCCUUAUUCUUGCACGCGUCCUACGACGAUCGCAGAAUUUGCGGAUCCUCGUCCUGCGUCUGACCGAGAUCUUGAUCGAGAAUGCGCCUGUAGUUGCCAGAGCUGUGGGCGACAUGAACAAUCUUGUGGUGCUCGAGUUGCACCAUGCGGGUUGCGACAGUAUCAAAAUGCUCUCCAAGGUGCGAAGCCGACUCGACAAACUGGUCGUGCGAUGCCCUUCAUCGUUUACGAUCAGCAAUCGGCGGCUGCUCCCCCACAUCGGGCACAUUCGGAGCCUGCGAUCCCUGGAGAUAAAUGGGAUGCGAUUCGAAGAGAAGCUGCAUCCGCAGCUGAUCUGGAAGGGCAUGCGUACGUUGCGCCUGGAGUCUUGCAAGGCUCCGAUGACACUUAUUGUGCAUUCAUUUCCCAACCUUCGGACUAUCCAUCUGGACGGGAUCCUACGAUGGCACGAGAUGCCUAAUGUGGAUCACUGCUGGCCGAGCCUGGACGAACUCACUGCGGAAUCCGCUGAAGAUCUUAUUGGAUGGCCGAUUACUUGUCCGGUGCGUUCGGUGUCGUAUAGGGCUCUCAUCAAUACCACACACGACUCGGAGAUUACGUUCUCGCAAAUCAGAAGGAUGAAGCCUAUCGCCCUCUCGCUGACUAUGAAAGAUGCCCUCACGAACUGCUGGGCGGAGCUGGUGCAAGACCGUCAACGACUCAGGUCGCUUUCUCUCUGCCUCGUUGAGCGUGAGGGAUUUGCCAACCUCGACGCGAAUUUCAAUAUGCCGAUCUGGAUGGAAUAUGUGCUACCGGUUCUCAAGAGGUUGAAGAUUAUCUUUCUCCGUAUCUGUGUUUACGGGCUCUAUCACCCAGAACCCACUAUAGCAGAGACAUUCCCCGAUGAGAUUGUGCAGUCGUUGCCUUCCCUUCGUUGUCUGGCCUUCGGCGUGGAUCCGUCAAUCAUGCGUUGGUGGCAAAUCAUCACCAAAGAUAACGGGGAAAGAGAACGCAGGCCGAUAUCGCCAGCGGUGGGGAUACGCGUGAAAAAUUAUCUGUCGUCUGAAGUUUUCGAAACAUCUAUGGCAUUCGAUGAAAGUCCGCGGGACUUGAACCAGUGGAGAAUCUCGAGUCCUGUCAUUUCUUUGGUGUACCACAGUGCUAUCUAUGCCGACGAGAUAGAAUAUGCCUGCAUUGGAAUUCGAAACACGAACCCGAUCGUUCUUUCGUUGACAAUCACGGAGACGUUUGUUGAGGUUUGGACGGACGUUAUCGAGGGUAACCCCCGCCUGAGGGUUCUUCAUCUCGACUUUUUCGGUCUGCGCGCUCUGUGGAUGUGGAUAGAUGUCAUCCUUCCUGUGCUCGAAAAAUCACACUUAAUUCUGAUCCGCGUUCGCAUUAUUGAAGCUUUUCCUGCUCAAGAAAGAGAGGAAGUACAGACGGAUGCGGACAAAUAUUCUUCUUGGAUCUCCUGGUCAAUCCCAAGUCUCCAAUAUCUAGCAUUUGAAAUCGGCUCAUCGGAAUGUGGCCUCGUUGAGUCGAAAAGACAUGUUUUCUGGUGGCGUAUUACCACAGGCGAUGGUGGACGCUUCCCGACGCCUAUAUCGAAAGAAAUAGGAGAGCGAAUAGAGGAUUACACGACUUCCGUUGCUUUCGAGUCGUCCAUGACGAUUGACGAUGCGUUUUUCGCCUAG